AAUUAUUUAGCGCUUGAAGUAUAUGUCGGCAACAAAUCCUUCAGGGGAAACCACAACUUGAGAGGAGUCAAGUCUGAACUCUUUCAGAAUUCUGUCACGGUUGAAUACCUUAAAGGACAGGCUGUAUUGAAAAUUCUCAAGACUUUGCCCAAAAUAGCUCCUCGAACACACUGUAGGAAGCCUCGCUAUCAUAUUCGUUUG